AUGAGAUUCGUUUCAGGCAGCCAUCAAAAAUACAGAGCUAUUCUGAAGAAAGAGAAGCGAAAAAAAAAGCGGCAGGCGCUUGCCAAACUAAGAGACUCAGAAGCUACAGAAAAAGAUGAAUCAGUGUCUGAGGAGGAAGAGGAGGAACUAGAAGAAGAAGAGGAAGAAGAAGAAGAAGAAAAAAAACUCGAGGAAGAAAGACAAAAACUACAUGAGCAGUGGUUGCUGAGAGAAGAAAAGGCCCAAGAAGAGUUCAAGCUUAAGAAAGAAAAAGAAGAGGCUGCAAAAAAACGUCAAGAAGAAGAAGAGGCAGCUGUGCAGAGGAUGCUGGAUCAAGCUGAAAGUCAGCUCGAGAAUGGUGUGACCUGGCAUAACCCAGAGCCCCCAGAGAAUAUAGGAACAGAGAAGGACAGAGCGAAUUGCCCAUUCUAUAUUAAAACAGGUUCCUGCAGAUUUGGAGACAGGUGUUCUCGCAAGCAUAACUAUCCAACGUCUAGUAAAACACUACUUGUCCGAGGGAUGUUCAUUACUUUUGGCAUGGAGCAGUGCCGGAGAGAUGACUACGACACAGAUGCGAGUCUCGAGUACAGUGAUGAGGAGACCUACCAGCAGUUCCUGGAGUUCUACGAGGAUGUGCUCCCUGAGUUUCAGAACGUGGGGAAGGUUGUUCAAUUCAAGGUCAGCUGCAACUAUGAGCCUCACCUGCGAGGAAAUGUGUAUGUCCAGUAUCAGUCGGAGAAGGACUGUCAGGCAGCUCUUGCUCUAUUCAGUGGACGAUGGUAUGCAGGCCGACAGCUUCAUUGUGAAUUUUGUCCUGUGACAAGGUGGAAAACUGCUAUAUGUGGCUUAUUUGAAAGGCAGAAGUGUCCAAGAGGGAAACACUGCAACUUUCUUCAUGUAUUCAAAAAUCCAAACAAUGAGUUUUGGGAGGCCAAUAGGGACAUACGUAUUUCUCCUGAACGGACUAACCAGUUGUCUAAAAACUCUGAAAGGAGAAACAGAACAAGCCAUCGUGAUGACUAUUACAGCCGGUCAAGGAGAAGGGGCAGCCCAAGCCCAGAUCAUUCUUACCGGAGAAAUGGAGAAUCUGAGAGGAAAAAGAAUCGCCGCAAAAACAAGAGAAGGCGCCGAUCUGGAAGGUCGAGAAGUCGAGAAAGGAGGAGGUCUCGCAGCAGGGGGAGAAAGAGGAGAGGCCGCAGCCGCAGCAGAAGUCAUAGUCGAACACGCAGUAGGAGCAGAAGUCGGAGUUCCUCUAGAUCCAGGAGCAGGGGUAAAAAGAGAUCGAGCAGCAGAGGAAAAAAUAGUGAAACUCCCAAAACAAAGUGAGAAUUACUUCUAGAAAUUGCUAAUUGAUCAAACAUAGAGCUGACAAAGAAAUCUUUCCAAUAGGGCACCAGGUAUAUUUGAGUUUCAAAUAAAGUGUUCUUGCACAUUAAAAUGUUUCUUCCUAAUAAAGGA